UUCCGUCUCGGUCUCGGGGAUUUCGGGUUCUAUUCUCGAUCUCGGUUUUUUUUCCCAGGCCUAGGGGAACACGACGAGAGAGGCGGAAGAGAGAUGGCGAAGUCGUGCAAGGGGUUGGCAAUGGAGCUUGUCAAGUGCCUCAGUGAGACCGACUGCGUCAAGGUGCAGAAGAGGACUUACAAGGAGUGCGCUGGGGAGAAGGUGCCCACCAUCACCAGCGAGUGCGUCGGCCUGCGAGAGACCUACUUCAACUGCAAGAGGGGCCAGGUUGACAUGCGAGCCCGGAUACGUGGAAACAAAGGAUAUUAGUGGUGUGCCUGCAGUCUCCUCAUCCAGUUUUGGUUUGUAGCCAAGUUUGUGACCUUGAGGUGUAAUGAUAUCAUAAUGUAGUUCGUCUGAAUUCUAUUUUUGAUAGGCGAGAGGAACUAAGAGCACACGGGUAGUUUCAAGUGAUGAGAGGUGUAUGUUGCCUUGUCUUUUUGAAAAAGUUGUUUCCUGUCAUGAUGUAGUUCGCCUGCAUUUUCUGUCAUAGAAGGCAGGAACUCAACUCGGAGCACACGAGUAGUCUCAAUUGAUGAGUUAGAGAGGUGGAUUCCGAUGCUGCUGUCUAACGUUGCCUUUCUGAAAAAGUUGUUCCAUGAUAUAAUAGAUGUUCAGGUGGUGGCCUGUUGCGUUUUGUCUUGUUUCUUCUCCUGUACAAUGAAGUUAAUUUCCUGGACCUUUUUAGCGAGCUGCUUCAUAUCUUAA